CCAGAUUACCAUCUUCAAUGUUUGUUCAGACAAGAGCAAGUGUGAUAAAUUAUAAAAAAAGUAUGUUGAUAGCAUUGUAGAAAAUAUUUUGUGAAUGAAACGGACUGUGCCGAUCCAUGAUUCAAAGGAACUAUAAACUAGUUCCAUUGAAAUAUUUCAGCAGAUAAUCGAUAACAAGAGCGACAGAAAUGGAAAUGAAAUCUAUUGUUGUCCUCUUCCUCUUCUACCUCUACUCAACUGAUCCUGCAGAUGCUCAGUGUAGAUGGAGUCCGACGACAGUAGGAGGAUCCUUUCCAAAGUUGAAACAAGGUCAAAUAUGCUCAGGUGAUCUUAUUUUUGCUGAAUGGUUCGACAAUUUGAACGAAGGCCUUUGGAAUCAUGAGCAUCAAGUAGAUGGUUGUGGGAAUGGCGAGUUCCAACAAUAUGUUAAUGACAGAUCUAUCAGUUAUACAAGAGAUGGAAAGCUGUUUAUUUUGCCGAAAAUAAUUGGUGAUGGACCUUUACAUAAUGGUUAUUUCAAUCCAGUACAAAGUGCUAGGAUGACAACUCAAGGAAAAUUCUCCUUCAAAUAUGGCAAACUGGAAGCAAGGGCAAAAAUUCCCGCUGGUGAUUGGCUUUGGCCAGCCAUCUGGAUGAUGCCACAGAGUUCAAGAUACGGAGGCUGGCCUAGAUCAGGCGAAAUAGAUAUACUAGAAAGUAGAGGCAACAAAAACUUGUACGUAAAUGGGGGCAACAUCGGUACUCAACUGGCGUUCAGUACACUCCACUGGGGAAAGAGCCCCGGCGAGAACCAAUUCCAAAGGACCCACUACGAGAGGAGAAACGGUGCAGGUUACGACACUGACUACCACAACUACUUGGUCGAAUGGACGCCAGACCAUAUCGCCUACAGCAUCGACGGCCAGGAGAUUGGGAGGGUCACUCCUCCACAAGGGGGCUUCUACCAACUCGGUCAGUUAUCUGGGGACAAUCCAUGGGGAGGAGGAAGCCGGAUGGCUCCUUUCGAUGAAGAGUUCUUUUUGAUCAUCAACGUGGCUAUUGGUGCAAACAAUGGUUACUUCCCCGACAAUGUCCAGAAUCCUGGUGGUAAACCUUGGAGGAACGGGUCUCCUCAAGCGGCGAGGGAUUUCUGGAAUGCUAACUGGCAGUGGAGACAUACUUGGAACGAGCAAACGACGCAGAGGGCUUUGAAAGUUGAUUAUAUAAGGAUAUGGGCUAUAUAGGGUCUUAUAAUAUUCUCGAAUAUUUUGUUCUUGAUCAUAAACUAAAAUAAUAUUUUAUUGACUAUGUA